AUCGUGUUUUGGUAAAAAAUAGUUAUAGUUAUUAUAAUUUGUUGGUAAUUAAUGGUUUUUUAUUUGUUAGAAAAAACAAAGCGCGCAAGAAUCAGCGAACCAGUCAUUGAGAAAAAUUCUGUAGAAAGUGAAACUUCUGAAUUAACUCAUGCAACUUCCACGGUCGAAGAUUAUCCUACCAAUGACAUUGGCAAUUGGGUGGGACGCGGAUUUCUUCUCAAUGGUGAAAAUAAAAUAAAUAUGGUGCUUCAUUGUUGGAAACCACAUGAGUCAUAUGACUUUGGAAAAGAUAGUCAAGAUUCCAAUCGUAAAUUUAUUUAUAAUUGGCUUAAAAUUUAUGAGUCAUGGCUUGCAUAUUCUUGUCGGCUGAAGGGAGCAUUUUGUAUGAACUGUGUACUAUUUCCGCCAAAAAAUACACGUGGCGUUAUAGGAUCGUUGACCAUAAGACCAUUUACGAAGUACAAAGACGCUCAUGAGCAUUUUAGAGCUCAUGCAAUAUUUAUUUGUCACAAAAAAGCAAGUAUGGAUGCUAAUGGAUUUUUAAACCUAGUGCCUAUUGAUGUAGUGGCACAAAACGCGCAUGAAAAAGUAACUAAAGACAAUAAGAAAAUGAUCAGAUUGAUUAUAUAUGCUAUUAUUUAUUGUGGGACGCAUGAUAUUGCUCUUCGUGGCAAAAAAAAAUCAUGAAGGUGAGCAUUUUAGUGGAAUUAACUUUUUUUAUUUAAGAUAAUAAUUUAACUGUUAUGUACUACUAGGCAUUUUUAGGUAUUUGCUUAAAUUGCAAUUAAAUUCAGCGGACGCAGAUUUGAAAUUAAUUUUUGAAAACGCUAAGGGCAAUGCGAAGCACAUUUCUGUUCGUAUUCAGAACGAAAUUCUUAAUAUUUGUGGUGACUUGCUCAAAGAAACAAUUUGUCGUUCCAUUGAUAAAGCUGAAGGGUUUAGCAUUUUAGCAGAUGAAAGCUGUGAAAGAACAAUUGUCUGUUGGAGUGCGAUAUUUCUGCAGUGAAUUUUCAGAGUUACGUGAAGAUUCCCUAGGCUUUGUUGAGCGAGACAAUAUGGACGCAAAAUCAAAUGCAAGUGCAAUACAUCAUUUCAUUACAAACUGUGGUUUGGAUCCUAAUAAAUGCAUCGGAUAGGGUUAUGAUGGUUGUGCAACAAUGGCUGGCAAAGAUGGUGGCGUGCAAAAAAUUAUGAAAGAUUUUUAUAAAAAAAAUUUGUUUUUCCAUUGUGCUUCUCAUAAGCUAAAUUUAGUGAUCAAUGAUUUGAACAGCGUUGCAGAAAUUGGGAACACAACAACUACUAUUAAGGAGAUAUUUUUAGCUCUUCCAUAUACAACUGCCACCAUAGAAAGAUCAUUCAGCACUUUACGGCGAGUGAAAACAUGGUUAAGGUCAACAAUGGCUGAAAAGCGUUUAAAUGGUCUUUGCAUGUUGAGCAUACACAGAAGAGCCGUAAAUGACGACCAGGAAUUUAUUGAUAAGAUUCUCACGAAAUUCGCGGAAGAAAAUAGAAGGCUUUUAUUGAAGUAAAAAAAUAAAAAUAAAAUAGAUUUGCCCCCCUUUUAGUCAUUUUCUGCGGACGCCCAUGAAUACAUCGUUUAUAUAUUCUCGUAAGAUAUCAUCUACGCAUCGUUGAAAGAUUGGGGGUGCGUUUUUCAACCCAAACUCAUACUUUGUUCCAUUGACUGCAAAGGCGGUAUUUUCUCUAUCGGAUUCCUUUAUUGAAAUUUGAUGGAAUCCGGAUUCUAAAUCUAUAGUUAAAAAUACUUUUGCUUUUCUUAAAUUUUUGAUAGUCAUAUUUACAUCAGGUAUUUGAUGUCGAUCAGUGAUUGUCUGAGCAUUAAUUUUUU